UCGGAGGUCCGACGGUCGGUUUUCGCAUUCUCAAAAUUAUCUUAUAGGAAACUUGUGACAAUCCGAAAUUUUUAAAAUUCUCGAAUAAGGCUUUCACAUAAUCAAAAUGAUGUCAAAAAACUCAUGUUACUACCAACAUCCUUCAAAAUCUUUGACUUUACCCUGGGAGAUAUUUCGGCAAUAAUCGGUAAAUAUAUCAACGUAAUUCUAGCUACUAAAAAGACUAGGCCUCUAGUGGCGCAGCCAGUGGAGCGCUAUCCAAAUGCUCAAUGUCAGCCGCGACGUCUGCGGUACUAAUCCGCAGGAGGAGCGGCAGCGGAUCGUGCUCGGCAGCUCCUCUCUCCGAGACCGAGUAAAAAUGCAGUCGAGACAGAAAGGGGAGGAGUCCGAAACCCAGAGGAGUCCGAGUCCGAGUCCACAGCACUAUAAAGCAAGUGUGAUCAUGCAUGUGGGAAUAAAGAAAGAGGAAGGGGAAAAAAACGCCGCCGUCGCCGGUCCAGCCAGAGAUUGUGAUUGGAGAUCGUGCUGUUCGUCAGGGCAGAGGUGGAGCAGGGUCUGCAGAACUGGCGAGCACCAGGUGAGUCGCCGUCUCACUCGAGCUGCAGCGACUGUGUCGGGUCGUGACGUCGGGCAGUGAGCAGGUACGACGGGGCGGGGCGCCGUUGAUAAGAAGAAGAAGAAAAAAGAUCUCUGGCGCCGGCGCCGUCGCCGGAGGGAGGGACGGAGGGAGGGAGGGAGUGCGAAGCAUUGCAAACGUAUAUGUACCUUUUUACGUUACCGACGUCGCGUACCUGCUUGCUGUCCGACGUCGUGACGUCGCGUACCUGCUCGCUGUCCGCCGUCCCGACGUUGCGACGUCGCAUACCUGCUCGCUGUCCGCCGUCCCGACGUCGCAUACCUGCUUGCUGCCCGACGUCGUGACUUUGCGUACCUGCUCGCUGUCUGCCGUCCCGACGUGGCAUACCUGCUUGCUGCCCGACGUCGUUACUAAAAAGACUGGACCUCUAGUGGCGCAGCCCGUAGAGCGCUAUCCCAAUGUCAGCCGCGAUGUCUGCAGUACGAAUCCACAGGAGGAGCGGCAGCGCAGCUCCUCUCUCCGAGACCGAGUAAAAAUGCAGUCGAGACAGAAAGGGGAGGAGUCCGAAACCCAGAGGAGUCCGAGUCCGAGUCCACAGCACUAUAAAGCAAGUGUGAUCAUGCAUGUGGGAAUAAAGAAAGAGGAAGGGGAAAAAAACGCCGCCGUCGCCGGUCCAGCCAGAGAUUGUGAUUGGAGAUCGUGCUGUUCGUCAGGGCAGAGGUGGAGCAGGGUCUGCAGAACUGGCGAGCACCAGUGUUCUCCUUGUUUUCCAGAGUUUUUCUGUAUGUCAAAAAUACAUUGACCAAGUCUGAUUCCCAGCCUGGCCACUUGGACACAUGGAGCCAGAGAUCCUGGGAAGCCAUCUGGACCCAACUAUCUUAAAGAAUGAGAAAUCAAUCACGUUUUCACCUAUUCUGAAUCAAUGCACUAUUGGACGUGAUUUUACUGCCACCAUGAACCUCACUAUCAAUGCUGAUAAAGGUCCAGAGGUAGGGAUGAACAGAGGGGGCCAGGCUGUAAGGAAGAGGUCUUGGGCACACACUGGUUCUGGAGAUGCUGGUGGUGGUGAGGGCAACAUGAGAAAGCACAGAAGAGUGGAGUCUGAUACGGUAGAAGAUGAGCAGCAGCACAACAAUCACAAUGUGGCCUCCACAGAACCAGGCCAGGACAGCAGACAGAAGGGCGGAGUAAAGUCAGAGACGGUGCCCUUGGACACCGUGAACACCACUGAGCUGGGAGCGCAUCAGAAGUCACACACCCUACAACCGGUGUCACCAGUUCAGCCCGAGCUGGUCACCCUGCUUAAAGACUUCCUGGCUGCCCAGCAGAGAAGGAUGGAGGGCCUAGCAGAGGAGAUACGGGUGCUGAAAAAUUCCAUCUUGGCGGUGCCUCUGUUUGCCGCUGAGGUGACCUGCCAAAGCAGACAGUCAUCCAGCGUGUCACCACAGGAAAGGCCACGGCGACAGGUUCUCACCCCAGGACCACGGCAGCAGUACCGAACGGCCUCCUCGACCUCCACCGCCAACACAGCCCUCGCAGAGAGAGCGCUCAACCGAACGGCAUCGACAGCCCAGCACGUGAGGAGGGGGGAGUCAGAGACGCCAUCUUAACAGCAGGAUGAGGUUGACAUCGAAACCUACUUGCUGCAGUUUGGGAGGGUAAAGACAAGGCGGAUGGCUACGUUCGUUUGAAUUGAGUUCAGUUCUGUGUCUCUCCUGAGACGUACCGCCGAAUGGUUUCUGGACAGCCACCAUUCCUGCCGCUUGAAGUUCUACUCCAUGACACCAGGACCUGGGCAAAAGAGCAUGAGCCAGACAGUGGACUGACAGUGGUAAAACUGGACAUGCGGUGCACCAAAAACCUUCACGUCCAUGUUACGGGGGCUCCACAGAUGCAAGAAACUUUGUUCGAGGUGAAAUGGUGGACAUCAUGUGAACCUGUUAAAACCGUGAUAGGAGAGACACACACCUGCCACAUAUCUGGUGCGGCAGGAGGAGG